UAACCAUUGACCACAAAGUACAUGAAGUAAGAAAGGUAUAGGUUUCUAUUGAAAAUCGGAGGAAUUUCUGGAAUAAUGGCACCUCUUUCGGACGAAGAAGAGAAUUAUAUAAGAUUAGCCUUGUUAUUGAAAGGAGUGUCACCAAGAGCAGUCCGUACGUACUUUGACAAGGAAUUUCCGCCUACUUAUCUACCAUCAACGUUGAAUAAAAACUACAACACUCUAAAUGGCUUGUUUAAAAAGAGAAUUUUAAACCAAGCUCAGUGGAAUCUGUUGUUUCCAACAAAUGGUGUACCUGAUUCCAAAACUUUUGAUGUAACGUUGAUGAUUUGUUUGAUCAGAAACUUGACAUCUGUCACUCCUCCAAUCAAGGGAUUUGACUAUCUACCACUACCACGGGAGACAACUCCUGGUCCUGAUCUUGCCAGGAUUAAAUGGUACAGAAAUAUACUAGCUCAUCAUGAUAGUAACACUAUGGCAACAUGUUAUUUCAAUACAGCAUGGAGAAAUGUGGUAGAUGUAAGUACAUUCUUUAUAAAACAAUAA